AUGCAUUCUUCUCUUGGAAAUUUGAUACAUAAUUUGCUUUUAAAAACAUAAAUUUUAUUUUUGUUUGUAAAUGUCGAAUCGCUUAAACUACAAGUCAUAUUCAUAUAAUCAUUCUAGUUUUGCUCUGGUCUUUCGUUGCAAAGUUCUUUUGACAAGAAUCAAAUCAUCCUAAAAGGAAAUUAAUAGGAUCCUGUUUCUUCAUUGUAAUAAGAAAACCUAAUCAAUUUUGGGAAUACUGAAUAAAAGCGAAGAAAUAAUUGUUCUGGAGAUCGCUUUAUUCCAACCAUAAAAAAGAAAUUUAGCAUCCUCAGUGAAACCAAGGCACCUGCUCAAGACAUAGCUUCAUCUUAAGCAGCUCUUGAAAUGCUCUAUAAAUAAUAGAUUUUAAAUUAGGACCCUAUUAUGGAAUCUGAGAGUGGUUCACUUAAAUUUAUUAAUCAAAACAACUUUCAAUACAAGAAUGAGCAUGUACAUUACAUCGAUUCUAUUGAUCCCAAAAAUUAUAAUAGUCCUCUUGUUGAUCAUAAAUACUUUGCAUUACCAGAAACCAUAUCCAGUUAAUAUGGAAAAUACAUAAGAAAAAUUCCCAAAGCGCCAUUUAAAGUUUUAGAUGCUCCUUAAUUAUAAGAUGAUUUCUAUUUAAACCUCAUAGAUUGGAGCAACUAUAACACGUUAUCAGUAGCUCUCAACAACAGUGUUUAUUUAUGGAAUGCUUAAUCAUAAAAAGUUACGAAACUGCUAGAUCUUUGCAAUGAUGUAGUAACGAGUGUUGGAUGGUCAUUAAGAGGACCAUUGUUAGGAGUUGGAACUAACAAUGGAGAAGUCUAAAUAUGGGAUGUUUGUAAGUUACAAAAAGUGAGAACAGUUGGGACCCUUUGUUUUGCUGAAGGUAUUCUAAGUAGUGGUUCAAGAGAUAAAUCAAUAAUUUAAAGAGAUAUAAGAUAAAAAGAAGACUAUAUUUUCAUAUCUAUCGCACAUAAGUAAGAAGUUUGUGGAUUAAAAUGGUCUCCUGAUAGCUAAUUAUUAGCUUCAGGUGGAAAUGACAAUAAAUUAUACAUUUGGAGUGCAGCUUAAUAUGAUAAACCAAUAUUUAAAUUUUAAUGA